CCCGUUUAGAUAAAACUUGAUCCAUCGGCAGAGGACCCGGAAGACUUUGCCCUAAGUUGUAUCAGGUUCGCGGUAGUUGGGUUUGUUUGAUUUCCUCAGUGUGCGUCACGGUCGUCUUGGGUUCUACAAACUACAAGCUAGCCAACAGCAUUACGUGUCUGGCAGACUAAGGAGAAAGAGUGAGAGAGAAAGAUGAGUCGAAGCUUAGGCAUACCGGUGAAGCUUCUACAUGAGGCGACGGGUCAUAUAGUGACUGUAGAGAUGAAGAGCGGUGAGGUUUACAGAGGAAGUAUGGUGGAGUGCGAGGACAACUGGAAUUGCCAGCUCGAAAGCAUCACUUACACUGCUAAAGAUGGACGUGUGUCACAACUGGAGCAUGUUUUUAUUAGAGGCAGUAAAGUCAGGUUCAUGAUAAUCCCUGAUAUGCUUAAAAAUGCCCCCAUGUUCAAGCGCCUAGAAGCUAGAAUUAAGGGCAAAGGUACAUCACUUGGUGUUGGACGGGGACGUGCUAUUGCAAUGCGAGCUAAAGCUCAGGCUGCAGGUCGUGGAGCAGCACCUGGUCGGGGUGUUGUGCCCCCUGUAAGAAGAUGAUUGCCCCAUGUUGGAUUUCAUUCGAUCAGGUCUUGAGUUCUUAAAUUCAUUGUAUUGGCAGUAUUAGUGACUUCCGCUCCUGCUCCCUUGUAAUCUAAGAAGUAAGAACCAUUCGACGUAGAAUUUUAACUCUGUGGUCUAGAUAUGUCUUGCCCUAGAGAGAGCUGGAAAGUUGAGUGAUCCUCAGAUGGCGGUUAUAAUAUAGAUCGGUCCAUUUCUCAUCGUUCAGUGAUCCAUGAGUGUUUUGUUGUACCUCUGUUUAGUGCUGGAUUAUGAUCUUUUGUAGUGUUUUAAAAGCAAAUAGUCCCUUUUGGAUAGAUGGUAAUAUCUUCCAGUUCUUAGCUUAAUGGGGUUUGUCAGUAUAUCCUCUACAAUCUCUUGCAUUCAAGAAUCUCUUCUUAAAUCC